AUGUCCAAGAAGACGGCACUCUAUCGGUUGCCACCUUUGCCUAGACUUAAGGUUAAGAAGCCCGUGAUUCAACAAGAGGCAAAUAGAUGUUUGGUUUUAAUGUCAAACCUGCUACAAUGUUGGUCAUCGAAUGGUCAUAUGAGUCCAGCAUGUGUGAAUUUAGCAUCAGAAUUAAAGGCGUGCACAGCUGAAAAUGCAUUUGGCAAAGAUCAAGGUGUGCGGAAAAGUACUAUCAACUAUCACGCUGCCAGGUUGUAUGACAGGGUUGGUGGAAAGCCUCAUGAUUAA